AUGGGGAAGUCAUCGAAGGACAAAAGGGACAUCUAUUACAGGGAGGCCAAGGAAAGAGGCUACAGGGCACGGUCUGCUUUUAAGCUCUUACAAAUUGACGAGAAAUUCAACAUUUUUGAAGGCGUUAGCCGUGUGGUGGAUCUAUGCGCAGCUCCAGGUUCUUGGUCCCAGGUCUUGAGUGAAAAACUCCACAACAGCUCAAAGUCAAAGGACAAUGCUAAAAUAGUUGCCGUAGAUCUCCAACCCAUGAUCCCCAUUGAAGGCGUAACUUGUCUUCAGGCUGACAUUACCCAUCCCAAGACACUUCAAAGCAUAUUGGAACUUUUUGGCGGUGAACCUGCCGAUCUUGUGGUGAGCGAUGGUGCUCCAGAUGUCACAGGGCUCCAUGAUCUUGAUGAAUAUAUUCAGUCCCAGCUUAUAUUGGCUGCUCUUCAACUAACAACUUGCAUACUUAAAGAUGGUGGCACAUUCAUAGCUAAGAUCUUUAGAGGUAGAGAUAUUGACUUGCUCUACAGCCAGCUAGGGUACUUGUUUGAGAAGGUCGUAUGUGCUAAACCACGUUCUUCUCGUGGAACCUCGCUCGAGGCAUUCGUCGUGUGCAUCGGUUAUAGACCUAGACCUGGGUGGAAUCCUCGCCUCGAGCUAGGGAAGUCGACUGAAGAGUUCUUCGAGAAUGCUGAUAUCGGCAAAAGCUAUAUACGUGAGAACUUCGAGCUUCCAGACGAAGAGGAACGAUUCAUACCGUCAUUUGUUGCUUGUGGCGACUUGGAUAUGGGGGAUUCCGAUGCCACAUACGAGUUGAACUCGAAUACAGCCAAGCAGAAUCUCAAACCGGUGCAGAUGCCUACAGCUCCUCCCUACAAAAAAGCAUUGGAGAUGAAGAGGAAGGGAAAUCUUGUUAGACGAUAA